GGGUCAUGUUGGGGUGAGAUUGUCUAGGGGUGAUGGUUACUCCCUGUGCCCCACACAGAACGCCGGGGACUUCAUCUGCACCGUGUACCUGGAGGAGAAGAAGGCCGACUGUGAGCUGAGCCUAAAGGUACCGGCCACGAUGACAGCCCAGGAGCUGACCAACGAUGUCCUCUACCUGCGUAAGUUGGUAACGAAGGAACGAGACAACUGGUGCUGCUUCGAGGUGAUCGACAAGGAGGAGAUGGAGCGGCCUCUGCACCACACAGAGAAGGUGCUGCCCAUCCUGCACGCACUAGCCACCGACAGCUACGUGGUGGUGAAGAGGAACACUGCACUCGACAACAUGCUGAUGUACCUGGGCAGUAAAGUUGCGGACCAGAAGCACGGCAUGGUGAAGUUCCGUGAGGAGAGGAAGCUGGGCCUGGGGACGGGCAGCUUCAGUGAUCGCUACUUCAUGCUGACCAACCAAACACUACGCCUCUUCAAAGAAGUCAGG